AAAUCUGAUGCCGUCGUUGGCGUUGAAGCCGAGCGGAAGUGGCUGCGCAAGCUCACGUCGGCGACGGUGAACAAGGCCGUGAUGAGGGACCUCAUCGCGCGGACGCCCAUGCUGUGGUACCUCCGCCAGCGCUCGGGCACCAUCCUCCGGUCGCGCCCCGGCCGCUCCGGCCGUGUCGAGGCGCUCCACGCGGUGCGCGCCGUGGCCAUCGGCCCGUUCCACCGCGGCGACCCCGGCCUGGCUUUCUCCGACGACGCCAAGCUCCCCUUCAUGCGGUAUCUGCAGGACCAGUGCGCGCUCGACGUCGACCGCUACGUCGCAGCGCUCUCGGCAGAGCGCGACCGCCUCCGCGACGAGUUCGCCGACGACGACGACGCGGAGUCCGACACGGCGCUGCUGCUGGACGACGAGGAGAGGUUCCUGCAGAUGCUGCUCCUCGACAGCUGCUUCGUCCUCGUCAUCAGCAUGAUGCUCAGCAAGGCCGGCGUGGGCGAGGACGCCGACAGCGCGGCGCGGGCGGCGUCCAUCAACCGGGAGUACUUCAUCCUGCACAUGGCCGUGGCGCAGCACGCCGAGCAGAUCAAGCUCGACAUGCUGGUUCUCGAGAACCAGGUGCCCUUCGCCGCCGUCAAGCUGCUCGUCGCCUCCUGCGGCAGGCUCAAGCUCCGGCACUGCGUCGAGCGGGUCGUGCUCGGCUGCUUCGACGACGUCUGCCCGAAGCGGGCGCGCCAACCCUGCCACGCCGCGGGCGCCGAGUUCCACCACGUCCUGCACCUCUUCCACUGGUCCCGCGUGCCGGAGACCAAGUACGCCAUCCUCUCCACGCCGCUCAAGCUCCUCAAGAUCAAGAAGCAGUCGGAGCGUCUCUUCCCCUGCUCCAUGGAGCUGCGCCACUCAGCGGUGUGGUUCCGGCAGUCGUCCGAUGCGUCCGACGCGUCGUCGUCGAGCUGCCAGAGCCACCUCGACAUGUCCUUCUGGAGCCGGACGGCCAGCCCCGUGGCGGUGAUGAGCAUCCCGUGCUUCCACGUCCACGACUACAGCGCCGUCGUGCUCCACAACAUGCUCGCCUUCGAGAUGCACUUCCACUGGGCGCACGGCGCCUGCGUCACCACGCACGUCGCGCGGAUGGAGGGCCUCGUGCGGUGCACGAGCGACGCCUCGUUCCUCCGCCGCCGGGGCGUCCUCGCAUCCUCGCGGUUCACCGACGCGGAGCUCGUCUGCUUCUUCCGGGAGCUCGGGGCGCACACCGUCGGCGCCAGGCUGCCGGACGAGUUCGGCGACAUGCUCGACGCCGUCGCCUGCCACCGCAGCCGCCGGAUCAGCUGGUGGUGCGGCGGCUUCGUGCUGCACUUCUUCCCCUCCCCCUGGGUGGCCGUCUCCCUCUUCGCCGCGGCCGCCAUAUUCGUCCUGCCGUCCCUCCUGCAGACGGUGUACACCAUGCUCGGCUACUUCAAAACCACUUCUAGUUGAGAGUGUCCUCACAUGUCCAUUAUUAGUUCCCACUUUCCCACACAGUACUGAUCAGCUUGUUGAUUCCGAAUACUCCCAUGUGAAUCUCUUUCUUUUCUGAGAUUUAUCCGGAGAGUUUUGGUUGUUCACAACUUUUUCGUGUAUCUGUGGAACA